UACGAUCUGAGCGCAUUCUCGCAUUUGCAGCAUGCAGCUCUUCCAGUCCUUACUCCUUCUCGUCGUUGCGUCUGUGGCGGCACUCUCGCCCGCGUACAAUGCGACACCGGCGCUACUGCCCGCGUGUACCGAGCCCGCGCCGCAGUCGUGUGCGUUCUACAACGCGUGUCUUGAGGUCGCCCACCCGUGCGGCGCGCAAGGCUACGCGCUUGGCUUUGGCGAGUUUUACUGCAACAAGUUUGCGGCCUACAAGGACAAGUUUACGGCAAACGGCCAGCAGUGGAUGUACAACACGAUGACGUGCCUCCAGAAGAAGCUCGGCGUCGCGCUCAAGGACCCAACGAUGACUUGCGACGCGAUCAAGACGUUUGCGUUCGACUCGCACCCCGAGUGCUACACCAACAACGGCGGCCCGAGCGUGUGCGAGCUGAGCCCGCUCAAGGACUGGACCACGGUGCUCCGCGUCGUCGGCCUCAAGACGCUCUUCAAGCUCGACACGAUCAAGAACGGUGCGUCGACGGGCCUUGUGUGUAUGCACCAGCUCCUCUCGUGGGCCAAGAAGCUUCCGUCGACGACCGACGACCCCAUGGAGCCCAACUUGGACUGGAAUUUGUAAACGAACUUUUCCAAUUCAUGACAUUUACCUUCUACAAAGAUGCCACUGUUUUCGGGUGGACACCUUGUCUGCAAUUUUGCGAAAAGGUGCCGCAUCAAUACAAGCAUAUACUACCACGAUA